AUGAAUGAUAACAAUUUUUUUGAAGACUUGUACGAAUUAAAUUUUGAGGAUUUUUUAAAAAAUUUCAUGAGCAUAUUAUUUUCCUCUAAAGAAUAUGCAAAUAAUAAUAAUGAUGAUAUAGAUAAAUCUGAUAUAUAUGAAAAUAAUAAUUAUAUAUUAAAAAACAAUGAUAAAAAAAAGAGCGCCUUAAGUUUUAUAGCAAAUAAUAUUAUCAAUAAUAUAGAAAAUAUAAAAUUAUAUAGAAGAAUAUAUUGGCCUUUACUAUUAGGUAUAUAUAAAGCAGAUAACUUGGAAGAUUUAAUUAAAGAUAUUAAGAAAAAAAGAGAUUUAUAUAUACAAGAUAAAGAAGAAUAUAUUAUUAAACCAAUUAACUUAAAUAUUCAAAAAUUAGAUCCACAAAUAUUCCAUCCAUUGUCAUCAGAUGAUAAAAACCCAUGGACAUUAAAACAAAAAUAUCAAGAAUUAAAAGAAGAAAUCAAACAAGAUAUUUUAAGAACAUAUUCUGAAAAAAAAAUUUUCCAAAAUGAAGAAAUUAGAGAAAUAUUAAAUAAUAUUUUAUUUAUAUGGGCAAAAAAAAAUCCAGACAUAUCUUAUAAACAAGGAAUGAAUGAAAUACUAGCCAUUUUUUUUAUUGUCAACUAUCGUGAACACCUUCAUAAUAAUAAUGAUUUUUAUGAAGACCAAAACAAACUCUUUUAUAAAGAAUUUUCUAACCUUUUUGACAAAGAAUAUAUCGAAGCAGAUACAUACAUCAUAUUUGAUCAUUUUAUGAAUAUGGGAUUAAAAUAUUUAUUUACAUCCAUGGAUGAAAAAAAAAACUCAACCAAUAAAAAUACAUGUAAAACAGUUCUUUUACAUAAAUGCACAUAUAUAUUUCAUAAGUUACUAAAAAAUUCGGAUAAAUUAUUAUACAAUCAUUUAAUAUCAUUAAGUAUUGAGCCACAAAUAUUUUUGCUAAGAUGGAUACGUCUCUUUUAUUGUAGAGAAUUUCCUAUUGACGAUACAGUUAUUUUAUGGGAUAAUAUUUUUGCAGAUUCGUAUCUUAAAAAUUGCGAUUCCAACUUCAAUAUCGAUUUUAAAGGAGAUAAUAUCGAGAUAGCUCAUAUGAUAUGCAGAAUCUUUCCUAUCGUGGAUUAUUUUGCUAUUUCCAUGAUACUAUUUAUUAGGUCCUUCUUAUUAGAGAGUGAUGAAAAUUAUUGCUUGAAGAGACUGUUUAAAUACCCUCCUGUAGAAAAUAUAAAAAUUUUAAUCGACUUGUCCUUCAAAAUCAAACACAGACAUGAGAAAAAAGAAAAACAUACAAAAAAAGAGGAACCUAAUAUAAUUCACAAUAAUAAUUUAAGUAAAAAAGAAGAUAUAUUUAAUUUAACGUUUAACAAUAAUAAUAGUAUAACUGGUGAAUUAAAUAUACAUAAUAUAAACAGUAACAUGAACAAUAACGUAAACAAUAACGUAAACAAUAACGUAAACAAUAACGUAAACAAUAACAUAAACAAUAGUCGUUAUAAUAAUAACAAUGAUAUGAAAAACGAAUAUAUGGACAAAAACAACCACCAUUCAAACGUCAAUAUUUUAUCUUAUAACAAGAUAAUACCAAAUAUACAUAAAAUUAAUAAUAUAGCUUAUAUAAAUAAAAAACUAUUAAAAGUUAUUCAUAAUUUAAACAAUUUAUAUACCUAUAAUAUGAUAAAUGAACAACAUUAUAAAACUGAAUUACAACAAAAUAUAUUUCAUUUGAAUGAAAUUUAUAAUGAACUAAAAAACAUACAACAAUCAUAUGAUGAUAGUGUAUCAGAAAAUAUACAAUUGGAUAAGACGAAUGAUUUACCCUCCAUAUAUUAG